UUUCAUUCGGAAAUUUAAUCAGGAUGGGUAUCUCCCGUGCUUCGCGCUACAAGCGCCGCGACACCGGUGGCAAGCGCCCCAUCAUCAUCAAGAAGCGUAAGCAUGAGCUCGGUCGUCAGGCUUCCAUGACCAAGAUUGGUGCUUCUCGCGUCCACACCGUCCGCGUCCGCGGUGGCAACACCAAGUUCCGUGCCCUCCGUCUCGAUAUGGGCAACUUCUCUUGGGGUUCCGAGUCCAUCACCAAGAAGGUCCGUGUUGUUGAUGUCGUCUACAACGCCACCAACAACGAGCUCGUCCGCACCAAGACCCUCGUCAAGGGCUCCAUCAUCCAGGUCGAUGCCGCCCCCUUCCGCCAGUGGUAUGAGUCCCACUAUGGCAAGACCAUCGGCCGCGUCCGCGCCGACUACACCCCCGCUGCCAUGAAGGACACCCUCACCGAGGAGCAGCUCGCCGCCCGCCAGGCCGAGUCCACCGUCGAGUCCGACAUCAUCGACCAGUUCAACACCGGUCGCCUGUACGCUCGCAUCUCCUCUCGCCCCGGCCAGGUUGGUCGCUGCGACGGCUACAUCCUCGAGGGCGCCGAGCUCGACUUCUACCUCCGCAAGCUCCGCAAGUAAGCGGUUGUGUUUCUCCUUGUCGUCCGCCGGCGGGGGGCUCGCGCCCCUCUCUCCUUCGAGAGGCGGCCUGUCUGCAGUGGCGAUCGCGGCAUGCGUGCCCGUGCUCUUCUGAGUGCGUCCGCGCCGUGUGCGCUCGUUUCUCUGCGCGUGUCCCGUUUCACCCCGGUGGGAAACUCCUACACACACACCAUACAGCGCUCCGAAUAAAUGGGUUGAAGAAUUCC